UCUCUCCGAACCGGUAAUGUAGGAACGAACCGGGUAGUGGAUAACGGAUAACUGAGCGCAACGCGCCAACUUCGAGCUCGCCGACUUAUACUCGACUCGUAUCUUGCCGCAUCGCCAGAUACAAGUAUCUGAAGCUAUAAGUAUAAGUAUAUAUGGUCGGCGGUGCUCACAGCGAAGUCGAGCUCCCGGAGGUUAGGUUGUGCUGAUCGAGCUGCUCGCGUUUCGUGGAGCGUGAGGUGCCUUAGAUGCGGUUGCGUUUUUGGACUCGGAUUCCGGCUUUUUGAUUGCAAUUGAAGACACAUCACGUCACAGUGUGUGCUCGGUGUGUGUGCGGUGUGUUUUGGUGCUAGUUUCAGUGUCUGGGGUUUCGGAAACCCAAUAGCGCAGCACAACCGAAACUCGAUACACAAUCUAAAUUUAGCCAUUCUCUUAUCAUUCGAGGGCGCCAUGCGGCGAACUCUGACCCACAAGCUUCGCGGCUACGAAAUAUAAUUUAUAAUUUCUAUAACAAGUGCCGCUAACCAAGUGAUAAGGCUACACUCCGGAGGCUCUUUAGAGACUUUAGUCUCAGUCUUGGCGCAUCUCGCAGAUACGGCUGUGAGCUUCUGUCGAUCUGAUCGUGGAUUUUUCGGUUACGUCAAUUUCAAUCCGAGUUCUCGACCAGUUUUUCCUUGCAUGCUAAGAAGCUAUGAGCCCGCGCCCGAGCCCCAGCCCGCGGCCGGGUCUGUUCUGGCUUGUGACACUGGUGCUUCUGGCCAGUGGCUCUCCCGGCAGUCGCGAAUCUCAGCUAAGGAUCGGCAAGGCCAUCAAUAUAUUCCUGCGAUACGGCUACCUCAGCAUCUCGAUGCGAGUGAUACCCCUAAACGACAUGGAGGAUCCUGAACGGUGGGUCUUUAAGGAGCCCACGAAAAAUGUAUACAGGAACCUUAGCGGCCUGACGGAAAGCCAUGAGGAUACUACGCCAGGAAUCUUCCAUGGGGACUUCCAUAUGGAGUUCUGUGACAAUCGGCGUCAGUUAUUCCAGGCCUAUUUUCGGGACUUUUCCAUCGAACGAAUGGACAAACCUUGGGAGGCGUUUACGGGUGGCUGGUUUCCGGAGAACGCGGCCAAAAAGCUGGGCAUUAACACCUCCUUCAUCCAAGGAGACUAUUCCUACGUUCUUGUCAGGGCAGUGCGCAACCGAGAGACCGGUCGUCUAAAGUCUGCGAUUCCUGUCCACCAAGAAGUGGUUCCCGAUGUGCAGACCCAAAUUGAUCAGCUGGAGAUCGGCAAUAUCUCCUCCGCAAUGUCCUUCAUGGACAAAAUUGGCACCCACUACGUGAAUUCCUACACGACAGGGAAUUCGCUCUACCAGGUGUUUGUGUUCAGCCGUAAGAACUACCGCAUGAUCAAGGAGCGAAUCAAGAGUAAGGGCCUGAACGGCCUUUCCAAGUUGGACCUUUACAACUAUUUUGCCCCUUGGUUUGCUGAGCAUCUGGGGCAGAUUCGGUCCGCCAGCGCCAAUGCCACCGUGGAAGGCUGGGCCAAGCGUAAGCUGCAGUACGAGUACUAUUUGGUCAAGUACCAGACUAUAAUGAAACUCCAUGGAAACAGAACCCUAUUGCGAUCACUGGACAAGCUACUGGGCAACGACGCCAUCCUGCAGCUUGACCUCAAGGCGCUGAAUCCCGUUUUCCGGGAGCAGCCUCAGAAGGAGAGCUGGUUCCACGAGGUCCUCGACAACAACAUGAAGCUCUGGGAGCUCAACAUGCCGCAGAGCCACCCCAGCCGAUAAUCAAAUCGGACAGAAACAAAUGCCCAUCAUGGAAGGUUUAUUUUUAAAAGAAUUUCUUGCAGGCCACAGAACUUUCGAAAUGUUAAAGCUUAGGUGAAUUCGCGGAGCAGGACCCAAAGAUUCGAAAGUUAAUCCGUAUGAUUAACACUUAAAUUGGCAACAAAAGAUCAAGAUCCCAACUUAAAAUGCCUUAGGAACUUCUGUGCCAGUUUUCCAAUUAAAUCAAUAUAAGAUUUUUCAUUCUUUCUGUGCGGUUUUACGGUAGCCAAGGAUCAAAAGUUCCUAGAUGCAUAGUUGUAGUUGUAGUCUUCUAGUGCGUAGUUACUGUUCUGCCUGUGAUAGUUUUAGCUAGUUUAAUUGAAAUAGUGCCUUCUUGGACACUGACUUGCAUUUAAGCCAAUUAGUUCGUAAGAUCUCCUUAUUACUGUACUACAUUACACUCAAUAAUUAAAAAGAUCAAUGUAGAAGUAAACCUAUUUAA